AUGGAAAUGUGGUAUAAAAACGGAUACCACUUGAUUGAAAGAGCGAACCAGAUGGGGUUGUGGUAUAAAAGACAAAUACCACUUGAUAACAAAAUGGGAAUGUGUGUUUUGCAAGUCAAUACAGUCGAUAAGAAUGUAUGUUUGUUGCAGUUGUCUAACUCAAUGAGCACUGAUGUGUGUGCGGGAGUCGUAGGGACAAUGACGCCUCGUACGCACACAUACAGACUAACAAACCUACCCACCUUUAACGUAGAUAAGGUGGCUCACCGAUCCGAGCAGUGCAUUCUGUGGUCCAUGUACGUCGCACGUGUAAUUUCCUGUGUCUUCAAUGCUCACAUCUUCCAAUUGGUGACGCUCAUCGAUGUUAAGGCUCGCGAACAAUCAGCCGCACUACACGGAUUGCAUCUGUGGCGGGCGUCUGAAUGUCCUUUCAAUGAAAAAAUUUCAGAAGUUGGUUCUUAA